CCUCCUUCUAUCAUCUAUCACAUCCCAAAAGAUGACUGUGGACAAGUUACUCACUUGGUGGGAACCAAGUCAAGAAAUCAUCGAAAGUUCCAAUUUGAAUAAAUUCCGUAAAAUUCUCAAUGCAACUUACAAGAUCGAUUUACAAACAUACGAAGAUAUUCAUGCAUUUUCCGUUGACAAUCUUGAACAAUUUUGGUCAACUUUUUGGCAAUGGAGUGGAUUGCGGGUACAUAAAAAAUACACAAACGUUCUCACACCUGCCAAUGCAUUACCCGAACAAGUGCCAAAAUUUUUUCAAGAUGCAAAGUUAAACUUGGCCGAAAAUAUCUUAUUUCCACUUCAUCCUAAAAAUUCAACAGCAUGCAUGCCAAAUCCGCCAAAAGGUUGGCCUCACGAUAAACAAGUUGCCAUUUAUGAAUGGGGAGAAUCAUUACCGGAAGAAGCAGCAAACGGACAAGGUGCAAAACAAUGGGGAGAAGUGACUUGGGGAGAAAUGCGAAGGAGGGUAGCAAUCUUGUCGGAAACGUUUCGCAAAAAAGGUUUGAAAGCGGGUGAUCGUGUCGCUCAUAUCUCUGCCAAUUCUGCUAAUCCAAUCGUUACAUUUUUGGCAUGCUUGAGUAUCGGUUGCAUCUUCAGCGCUUUGCCAACAGAUGCAGGAGCUCAGGCAAUAUAUGGAAGAUUGGCACAAGUGCAACCCAGAUUAAUCUUGACAGAUGAUGUAGCAUUUUACAAUGGGAAAAAAGUCAACGUGAUCGAUAGAGUAGCACAGGUUACGGACGAUUUGAUCAAAAAUAAGAAAACAGCCGGACAAACGAUAGAAGUGGUUUGCAUCAUCAAUCAACGUGAAGGAGGAAGAGUAAAUGAAACAAUAGAGUGGAAUGGUAAAAGCGUUUCAUGUUCUUCUUUUCCUCAAUUCGUCGCCUCUGCCGGGCUGAAGUAUGAUGCAAAAGAUGAUGAAAUACCAAAAUUGCACUUCGAAGCUUUACCUUUCAACCAUCCCGCUUUAAUCGUCUUUUCAAGUGGAACGACUGGCGAGCCUAAAUCGAUUUGCCAUUCUUCUGGCGGAAUUUUGAUAAAUGGUAAAAAGGAAGGUCUAUUUCAAUACGAAAUGAAAGGAACAGAAGAUACAUUCUUUCAAAUAACGACAUGCGGUUGGAUUAUGUGGCUAGCACAAACGUGUAAAUUGCUCAUGGGAUCAUCUAUAAUCACCUAUGACGGAAGUCCCUUAUUCCCACACGCAUUCGUCGUUCCAAAAAUCAUUCACGAACACGGAAAAGUGACAGGAUACGGAGGAAGUCCUCGCCUGUUGAGUGAAAUCGAAAGAGCAUGUAAAUCGCAAGGAAUUGAAAGAUUACGGGAUCGAUUUCCUAUGAAAAACUUACGAUUUGCAACUAGUACAGGAUCUCCUCUGAAUCCGGCAAACGUUCAGUUCUUUUAUCAAAGUCUUGCAUUUCCACAUACACAACUAAUCUCAAUUUCUGGAGGAACAGAUUUAGCGGGUUGUUUAGUAGGAAGUUCUUGCAUGGUUCCCGUUAAAGGUCAUUUGAUCGGCACAAAAUCUCUCGGUAUGGAUAUUCGAAUCGUGGAUCCCUUGACUGGGGAAGAUUGUGAAGAUUCAGGCGAGCCAGGAGAAUUGGUCGUCGCAAAACCGUUCCCAACCCAGCCUCUAUACUUUUGGGGCGAUGAAAAAGACAAAGAAGCUUUGCACGAGAAGUAUAUGGACUCUUACUAUCGCAGGUUCGAAUCUGGUCCAGCAAAAGGAUGGUGGGCACAAGGUGAUUUUAUCUCUAAAAACGUUCAAUCGAAAGCGUUUGAAAUUCAUGGCCGAUCAGAUGGUGUUUUGAAUCCAUCUGGAGUACGAUUUGGAAGUGCUGAAAUUUACAGUGUUGUUGAAUCAGGAAAAUUCCCUUUUGUGCUCGAUUCGAUUGUGGUUGGACAAAGGAGACAAAACAAAGAUGAUGAUGAACGUGUGAUCCUAUUCAUCAAAUGCAGACAAGGUCAAUCAUUAGACGAAGCGAAAAAGCAAGAAAUAGGCAAAGCCAUCAAAGAAGCCUUUUCUGCCCGGCAUGUACCAAAGUACAUUUUCCAGGUAAAGGACAUUCCAAUCACCGCAAAUGGCAAAAAGACGGAAUUAGCAGUCAAAGCAAUCGUCAGCGGCAAUACAAAGUUUAAACCUAGUUCAGCAAUCGCCAAUCCAGAGGCUCUAGACGAAUAUAGACAAUAUGCAAAUAUCGAAUCAGUCGUUUCUCAUUCAAGGUCAUCAAGAUUAUAAGCUAUUCAUAAAAUCAUGGGUAUAUUGCGAUUUGUAUAAUCAUAUCAUACACUAUCCUUCUUUCUUCCAAUGAGAUUGCGAAUUGGCC